AUGCAGAGUCAUCUUUCCCACCAUGAAAUGCCCGUGGCCAACGACUUCCAAGAGGUAGACGCAGAACAAUAUCUACGUUUCUCGCCCACACGCAAGAUUGUCAUCGUCUUUGUUCUGUCGUUCUGCUCUUUCCUGGCUCCGAUUUCCUCGACCUCGAUUCUCUCUGGUAUCCCCGAGGUAGCCACGACGUACAAUACCACUGGCAGCAUCAUCGAUGCCAGCAAUGCCCUAUACUUGGCAUUUAUGGGGAUCUCCGCUCCGUUCUGGGGUCCAUUCAGCCAAGUGUGGGGACGACGUCCGAUUUUCCUCACAAGCGCAUUCCUUUUCUUCGCAUUCAGCAUUGGCACUGCGCUGGCCCCGAAUCUUCCUUCAUACUUCAUCUUCCGCGUUCUCACUGCCUUUCAAGGCACGUCCUUCCUGGUAGUAGGCAGUUCAGCCAUCGGUGACGUCUACGAGCCCCGUGCUCGCGCAACAGCAUUAGGAUGGUUCUUAUCUGGCACGCUGAUCGGCCCAGCAUUCGGCCCAUUCAUCGGCGGCGUCAUCGUAACAUUCUGCUCCUGGAGAGAAGUCUUCUGGCUACAGACCGCAUUGGGCGGCUGCGGCACUCUACUAGUGUUCUUUUUCUUCCCUGAGACACACCCACACAUCGACAAGUCCGACUUAACCGAAAUGAGCCUCUCGCAAAAAGCAAAGUUCCUCUGCCACCGCGUCAACCCGAUCCGCGUCGGCGUACUCCUCUUCACAUACCCUAAUCUCUUCUUUGCAGGCAUUGCGUCCGGCGCUCUGAUCUGGAACCAGUACUCCCUGCUCACGCCCAUCCGAUAUGUGCUGAACCCGCGCUUCAACCUCACUAGCCCGAUUCAAUCGGGACUCUUCUACAUCGCUCCCGGGUGUGGAUACCUUUUGGGUACGUUCAUGGGUGGGCGGUGGGCGGAUCAUACGGUCAAGAAAUGGAUCCGCAAGCGCGGAAGACGAGUCCCUGAGGAUCGACUGAAGUCGUGUCUGGUCUUUCUGGGUGUCGUUAUCCCGGGAUGUAUUCUUGUCUACGGGUGGACUGUCGACCAGGCCGUUGGCGGCAUCCCGGUGCCUGUGUUGGCCAUGUUCCUGCAAGGCGUGGCACAAUUGUUCUGCUUCCCGAGCCUGAAUACCUACUGUCUCGACGUGAUGCAGUCUAAAGGCCGCAGUGCCGAGGUUAUUGCCGGGAAUUACAUGUUCAGAUAUGUUUUUGCCGCUUUGGGCUCGGGACUUGUUCUUCCUGCCGUAGAGGUGAUUGGCGUUGGGUGGUUUAGUACCAUCAGCGCCGUAUUUCUGGUUGCCGCUGGGCUUUUUGUUUGGACUACUACCAUCUUUGGAGAUCGAUGGCGCGACCGCAUCGAUGCGAAGGAUCAGCGCAAAGCGGCCGCAAAAGGCGAGACCGGGCCUACGCGGGAGGCUGAGAAGACCGGUGAGGUGUGA